AUGUUUAGUCAUUCUUCUCUUACUUCUCCCCUCAUUCUUCUUUCUUUCUUCUUUGCUCCUCCUUUCAUCCCCACCCACACCAAUUUGAAUUGCUUCUUUCUCUUUAUUCGUUUAAUCUUUGCUCUCUUCUUUCCUGACUUCAAUUACAAUCACCAUGGACAGAUUAAAAUCCGACUAUUCAAAUUAAACGGAUACUGUGAUAAUUUUGGGAGGAUAAUAUCUAUCUAUAAAUCUAUCUAUCUAUCUAUCUAUCUAUCUAUCUAUCUAUCUAUCUAUCUCAGUCUGUUUCUAUCUAUCUAUAUAUCUAUCUAUCUAUCUAUCUAUCUAUCUAUCUAUUUCAUCUAUCUAUCUCAUCAAAAAUCUUUCUAUCUGAAGUCUAUUUCUUAUUAUCUAUCUAUCUAUCUAUCUAUCUAUCUAUCUAUCUAUCUCAGUCUGUUUCUAUCUAUCUAUCUAUCUAUCUAUCUAUCUAUCUAUCUAUCUAUCUACUUCAUCUUUGAGGAGACCUCUGUUCAUAUCUAUCUAUCUAUCUAUCUAUCUCAGUCCGUUCAUAUCUAUAUAUUUAUCUAUCUCAUUCUGUUCAAAUCUAUCUAUCUCAGUCUAUUCAUAUCUAUCUAUCUAUCUAUCUAUCUAUCUAUCUAUCUAUCUAUCUAA